AUGUCUUCCCAUGAUAUUAUAUAUAAUGAAAAGACAAAUGAAGCUUGGCAAAGAGCAUUUGCAUCUUUGAACUGCAAUAUAUUUAAUAGAUUUCUACUUGGAGAAAUAAACCGUCAAAAAAAGUACCUUCAUCGUCAUUUCGAGAACGAUCCUUCAUUGACUGAUUCGGAAAAACAAAGUUUAUUCGUUCGGCUUCAACAACAUUACGAGUUGGUUAAAAUCGAAAGAUCAAGCAAAAAGCGUCAAUGCAGUGAUUGUCAUAAUAAGUGCCAAGCGACGCACUUCUGUGAGUUGUGCAUUCGAAAAUACUUGAAGAAUAAUUUUGAAAACUGGUCCUCUGGAAAUGACGAGAUUGAUAUGUUAAUUCAAGAAUGCCAACAAAAGACUGUUCAACCUGAUUACAUCGUAGAAUGGAUCGAUUACGACCAAUUUCAGAGUAUAGUGUAUAAGACGGAAGGUGGAUACGCUACAAUAUACACAGCGAUAUGGAAAGUUGGAUCAUAUUUUAAAUGGAAUCAUGAGACACAGUCUUUGGAAAGAUUUGGUCGGCACAAAGUCAUAUUAAAAAAAUUGAGAAACUCUGCAAAAGAUGGAAACUGGUACCGAGAGAUUUACAAAGCGGGGAUUAUAUGCUUUGUGUUAGAUGCUUAUAAUUGCGAUUUACGGCGAUAUUUGGCAGAGAAUCACUUGUCGAUGACCUGGAUUCAAAAAUGCCGAAUUUCCAGAAAUAUAGCCGACAGUCUUCGCAAAAUUCAUGAAAAAAAAUUUAUUCACCGAGACCUGCACUCCGGCAAUAUUUUAUAUAAGGCCCGUGCUGAUAACUGGUUUAUUAGUGACAUGGGUUUUUGUGGUCCCUUAGACAAACCCUUGGGAAUUUUAAUGUGGGAGAUCGCCACUGGAGAAAUCCCAUUCGUUAAUACGGAGCAUAAUUAUGAGUUGGCCUUGGCGAUUAUUAAUGGCAUGCGUCCCAAGAUUCAUGAAAAUAUUCCUGCCGAAUAUGUUCGGUUAAUGAGGCGAUGUUGGGAUCCUAAUCAGGACAACCGACCAAAUGCAAUAAUAAUAUGUUUAGAACUUGACGAAAUGUUCAAGAAAUUACAUAAAUCAAAUUUAAUUGAGCACAAAUGUUUGAAAACGGGGAUCGUGAAUUUAUUCAGAAACAAAGCUAUGAAUGAAAAGGACAAGCAUGAUAUAUUUGAAGAUGGUCUCUCUACAACACCCAUUCCUAGGAUAGUUGUUAACCAAGUUAGUAAAUUGUACACAUUUCCCAACGUGAAUGAAUAUGGAAACUUAACUUUAGAAUUUGACUCUCGGCAAUACGAAUUAAGUAUUUCAGGAGUGAUCGAAAACCACUAA